AUGUCGUCCAACUUGUCAACGCAAAUAUUACUUAAAGGUAUUCAGCCGAUUGAAUUCUUUACAGGGGCAGACGAACAAGAUCCAAUGAUAUGGAUUCAAGGCGUCGAAGAAUUAUUUGAUGCUACAAAAGUUGAUACUACUGAUCGACGACGUUUACUUCCAAUGUACUUUGGCGGUGACGUCAAGAAAUGGUAUCGAAGCGAAGAACUUAACAGUGAUUAUGAUGAAUUCAAGAAACAAUUCAUCAAUGCUUUCACAUCAUCUGUAUAUAAAUUGAAGAUUUCGACUAAAUUGAUGAAUCGACGCCAAGGUAACGACGAGUCAAUUCAAUUGUAUUACUACGAUGUUCUAGCAUUAUGUGCACAUUUUAAUUCCGACAUGAUGGAAGGCGAAAAAAUAUUAUAUCUCCUUCGUGGUUUAAAGCCAUCCAUACAACAGCAUGUCAUAAUGAGUGAUCCUAAGAAAUGCAGAGAUUUGUUUGAACAUGCAAAACGAACCGAAGCUGCUGCAACAGUACUUUCUCCAACACCAGAACAAAAGUCAACGAUCACAAAUGAACUUAUUGAUGAGACAACAGCAGCUCUUCGUCGAACAUCAAUUAAUCAAAGUACUUUGCCAACUGUUCAUCCGAAUUGGAAAACUUGGAAUAAUCAAGGAAAUUCGAACAACUACCGAUCACAGCAACGCUCCAAUCAAAAUCAGUACAGUAGCCAGUAUCGUAAGUUUCCACAACGAAAUUCAUCCAAAUUCAAGUGCUACAACUGUAGUGACAUCGGGCAUUAUGCAUAUCAAUGCCCUAGUUAUUUAAACUAA